AAGCCGAAGAGCCAAAGGUCGAAAAUGGAGGGGUUUUUGUGCUGUUGAAGAGAAAACUGACUUUCCGAGAAAACGCUUUUUGGAAGAUUCAAAGAAAUGGCUUUCUAUUUCGAUGAAGAUCACUGGGCUUUUCUGGAAGACAUUGAGGCGCCUAUGUGGGUCGAUCUUACCUUAGAAGCCAAUUCCAACAACCAAGACAAUGAUGAUAAGUGGUUCUACACAAGCCAUCAGUUCCACCACUGUUCUUCAAGCCAGUUAAAGUCUACAUUUUUCCAUUCUGGAGAUGGGGAUUCAACCCGAGACUUUGACUUGACCGGGCUAUCUUCGCCAAAGCUUCCAGCUUCUGUUUCAAAAUCAAGAGGAAAACAAUAUAGGAUCAAGAAAUGGAAAGGGGAAAAUCAGAAUUUUUCCGUUGACAAGCCACAUCCAGUCAAGGUUCUAACCGGGAAAUCUUCACGUGUUAAACUGGGACUGAGAGAUAAAAAGAAACACAAGUUGAGCUUUAUACCAAAAGAAACUUCCGUUUCAAAAUCAAGUGUUGUAUGUGAAAGCAGCUUGAAAGGCAAAGCCGUAUCUAAUGGCUCUAACCAUCCAUCCGCUUGUGAGGAUAUCGGAAGGAGUAUGAGUUCUGAGGCGAACAAGACAAUUGAUAGCAAUCCAACUAGCACCGUUACAUAUGAGAAUGAGAGUGGUCGUCAGAAACAGAAUAAGGCAAAUGAUGUGUCAAGCAAAGCAUUUGGUCACACAAAUGGGCUCUUGUCAGCUAUGAAGAUGGCUCUUAGAAAAAGCUAUAUUACAAGACCAGCAGCAAGAAUGGAGAUUAACAAUGACGCAAGGCAAAUUAAGGGGCGUAAUUCUACAUCCAGCAAGUCUAGUGUCGGAUCUUCUUCGAACCCGAGACAUGAUGUUAGGAUCUCAACAUCUUCAUCUGCACGGCCCAAAGAAAUAACCCCAGAAAGCAGAAAUAUGGGGAGGAUUACAUACGUGGCCAAGAGCAAAAUAAGUUCAGGCAUAGUGAAGGCACCAAGAAUAAAGAUGGAGGAAGGAACGUCAAAUAACAGAAGAGGAGGAAGCCAAGGUAAUCCUGCGAAGUCAACCCACCAGGAAGCUGCAAGACAAAAGGUUCUAUAUCGACCUUCUCACACCAAAGCUUUGGUGCCCUCUAGAGUCAAUGAGCAGGACUCGGCUGUUGCGGCUACUAAAGCCAAGAAGAAAGCGGGAACCCGUGUGAUGAAGUCCAAUAACUUGGUUGGUGGUGGAAAAGAGAAUGUGACUGGGAAAAUGUCUCAGAGUGAGAAGUGCAAUGGAAGAGGCAUUGCGCAGGACUCGACUGUUGCGGCUACUAAAGCCAAGAAGAAAGCGGGAACCCGUGUGAUGAAGUCCAAUAACUUGGUUGGGGGUGGAAAAGAGAAUGUGACUGGGAAAAUGUCUGAGAGUGAGAAGUGCAAUGGAAGAGGCAUUGCUGGUGGAGGCAUAGCGGGUAGGGGUCAAAAAGGGACAAAGCAGUCUCUUUCAGCUUCAGGAAGGAAUGAUAUGGGAGGAACCGUUUGCUUGAAGGGAAAAGGCAGGGGCCAAGGCAAUUUCGAAAAACCGAGGAAUUUGGUACAUUUUCGAUGAAAAGAACACUUCAACUUCGUGGCUUUCUGCAACAGUUUGUAUAGUAUACCUUACACCACUUCUAACUUGAGGAAACAUGGAGUGACACAACAGAUUUUUUUUUUGGCUCUCAACCA